AUGACGACGGUUGAUGUUUCGACAGGGGGGGAUACAACAUCGGUAUCAGGACAGGAGGAGGUAGUCACUCUUGGAGUUCUAGGAUUUUGCUAUCAAUCCAGCCCCACCGCAGUCAAAGAAUGCUCUACUCCAAGAUUAGGAUAUAACCUCGAGGCGCUUCAUACCUUCGACCCAACUGUGUUUACAUCCUGGUCUACACCGAUUAGCAACGCCCUAGUCUUCCAUGUCAUAGCUUUCAGCUUUUGUUCUCUCGAAAUGGCGGCCGUCAUCCUUUCAUUCCUGAAAAUAACCUCAAUAGGCGAAUGGAUAUCUGAAAUCACACUGUUCAUCUCCGCCACUACCUUGGCCGCUUUGGCAGUGGAUUUAAGCCUUUCUUCUUCGAUCGCUACUUCGUUUUCUUCGGUAGACAACACAGGUCAAGUUUUAGAGCCGGUGAUUAGUCUGAAGCAGGGAACGUGGUACUCUCUUAUCGCAUUUGUGUUGCUUUUUCUAGGCGCGUGCCAAUUCAAAAUUUGGACAAAGCGUUCUCGUCAAUCGCCGUCCCCUUCGGUGGACCGAACUGCUGAACAAGGAGAGAAGUUUGAUAUACCACCUUCGAGUCUGAUACCGCCUUCUAACCGGCCACAAGUUGACAAACCAAAUAGCGACGUCGAAGGUUUAGGAGAGAUCGGACCUGGUUUAUUGGAAUUCAUUGACACAACAUCGCCUAUCAAGGUCGCCAAUAAUCAACCGAACCGUCCUCGUAAAUUCCUUAAAAGCCUGCCUCCAACGCCGGUAUCAAUGGAAACUGCGCAAGCAGCUGAUGACAGUGAUUUACGCCGCUCCCAAAGCAGUGGGCCUCUAUUUUCCCCUCCGCGAACCAUGAGAAUUAUCCCAAAGAGGAGAACUGGAAUGUUCGCAGGCACGGACAGGUACAGCUCUCCCGAUAGCCCAGCGGGCCUAUCCAAUGAUUCUCGGUAUACAAUUCGGUCGUCCUACUCCUCCCAGUCACCAACCUCCACUCGACGUACAACCAGUAUUCCCUUCGCUCCAUCAAGUUACCAACGGGGCACCUCGAUCUCUUCCUCCCCUCUGCCGUACAAUCCUAACAUCGAAGUGCCGGAGGAUGUAGUGCUCUAUCUCGAUCCUUCCCGCGCAUCGUCUUCAUGUCUCGAUCACAUCGACAGUGCAUCUUCGACAAAGACGAGAAAAUCGUUUGGACAGUUUUCUAUUGGAGGAUCGAGCGUGUUCUUGCCCGCCCGUGCAUCUUCAGUGUUUAUGCACCCUAAUACUCGACCUCCUUCCCAAGGAUCUAAUAUACUUUCGAAGAAGCCAUCUACCAAAUCGCAGCGAUCGCGUAUGUCAAUGGCCCCAAGAACACCGUUCAUGGAUACGUUCCCAGGCACGGCCGACUAUCCAGACGUAGAAAAUUCAGGCGCGAUUGCUCUUUUCCAAAGCCUCCGUGCUCUACCCAGAGUCCCAGAACCUGCUUCAAUACCCGAAGUACCGAAGAUGCCUCGUUAUUCAGUAUUACAAGCUCUACAGAAACAGCAGGAAAUGCUGCCUGAAUCCUUGGGUGCGCCACGGGGAGAAGUGUCUGAUUCAUUUGACGGGCCACAGGAAACUCUACCUAGAGAUCCACUACAUGAUUUGCCGACAAGACAGCAGGAAACGCCGUCGCACUCUACAUAG